CUCCUUUCGCAUUUUUCCCUCCUUCCUCUCCAUCUCUCUUUCUCUUCUCUUUUUCCCCUUCCCCAUCGAAUAAGACUCGCCUUUUGGAUUCGACGACGAGAUAUUGGGGUUUUGGGUCGAUUUGGUUUCCACUGAUCUCAAGCCCAUGGUACAGGCCUAGGGUGCCGACUCGGCCUCUACCCCAAGCCCAGGAUCAACUUCUAAAGCCGAAUAUUAACUUAUUCGAAUAUCUUUUGGCGAUUUUUUUUUGGUAUCUUGCUGACCGACCGGCACAGCAUCUGGUGAAUCCAUGCCCGGCCCGCAGAUGGAUGCCCUCGGGGCUUUCUCCUACCUGGCCCACAACGUACCCUCUUGGCUGAGCCGGUUGUCGGAACUGACUGACUACACCGUCGCUAAAAAUGUUGAAUUCGCAGAAGCAUUUAAAGAGUAUGCCAAUUCGUCGACAAGAGUUCGUCGCCGACGGAACAGCUCCGUUUAUUCCAUCCAAACAAACUCGCCAAACAACGGCGGCCAAGCAGCAAUCCCACGGAAAAGGGGAGCCGACGAGGGGGAUGUCUCGUCGAUCGCCUCGGGAGAGGGACUUUCGGUCAUCAGCACACGACAUAACCUGAUCAUUCACUACGAUGGAUACACUCAGACGUCCCUUGACGAAAUGGUACGAAACAUCGGAACUGCUCGAAACAACUUGCGGAAAGGCAAGAUGUCACAGUUACCCCUAGGAGGGUUGCGCGCUGGGAGGAUGAAAAUGUCUUCACGACCGCAAUUACCUUCUUUUGGUUCACCUGAUGACCUGCUGUCCACCAUGCGGAGUGCACGAAGCCCCGGCCCCCAACCACCUCAAGUUCACUCACCAGCCAAAGAGUCGCCUUUCGAAAUCGCAGAGAAACAGCUAGAGCUUGCCCACGGCUUGUGUGAGACAGCGGCGUACAACUUUCUCAGGGCGGGAGAUUGUUUGUGCGAACUAAAGAGGGUGAAAGAUCAAUUCACCGCUCUUGUCGACCUUGCUACCGCUGAAGUAAAACAACUUGAAGAGGAACGAAAGAGUCUUGCCGAUGAAGAGGAGGCUGCAAACACGACACACGCUGAAACCGCUAGGCUCAAGCGACCUGCCUCGAACGAGGGACCGAUCGAAGUGGACGACGAGCAGGUAUCGGUGGAAUCUAUCGAUUUGGCCACAUUUCGCGUUAGUCGAAUGCGACGUUAACCUUGCUCCUUUUCAGUAUUCCGACAUUGCGCAUAAAAAACGCAGAACAAAAUUUCAGUUUUUCAGCGCGAUUAUCCCACCUCAUUCGUUAUUCGGUUUUUGGGGGGGGGUUCCAUCUUUUCGUUUGUUUUCUUGAGCGUAUCCUUGACUGGGAGCGUGGCGUUGGCGGGAGAGUCUAUUUCUCAUCUAUUCUCUUUACAUAUAUAUGGGUUGGUAUUUGGCUAGUUAGGACAUGGCUGCGUAUAUAGCAUUCGAUCAUAAUGACAUUUGUUCAACUCUUCUC